CUUCCUGCGACGGGCCUGGCGGUUCUGUCGCCAUGUGUUUCUGUGGCUCGCUUCAGGAUCCGCGUGAUUUCUCCCAAGUGAUCCUCGACAGUGCGGGGAGGGUGCUGACGGAGUCCAAAAAAUUCUCCUUGAAGCCGGGGUGCCCUGGCGGACCCUCAAGGGACCAGCUGAGACAUAAGACAGAGUCUCUCUAAUUAUUUCUGACAUCGGUUUCAAAAUUUACCUUUGGAUAACAGUCCAAUUAUAUGAAAUUAUGGCUGGUUAUAAGCCAGUAGCUAUUCAGACAUAUCCUAUACUUGGUGAAAAAAUCACCCAAGAUACACUGUACUGGAACAACUAUAAGACCCCUGUUCAGAUCAAGGAGUUUGGUGCAGUGUCAAAAGUAGACUUUUCUCUGCAGCCUCCAUAUAAUUAUGCUGUAACAGCUUCUUCAAGGAUUCAUAUUUAUGGCCGAUACUCUCAGGAACCUAUAAAAACCUUUUCCCGAUUUAAAGAUACAGCGUACUGUGCUACUUUUCGGCAGGAUGGUAGACUGCUUGUGGCUGGCAGUGAAGAUGGUGGAAUUCAGCUUUUUGAUAUAAGUGGGAGGGCUCCCCUCAGGCAGUUUGAAGGCCAUACUAAAGCAGUUCAUACAGUAGAUUUUACAGCUGACAAAUACCAUGUGGUCUCUGGGGCUGAUGAUUAUACAGUUAAAUUCUGGGAUAUUCCAAAUUCCAAAGAACUUCUGACAUUCAGGGAACAUUCUGAUUAUGUGAGGUGUGGAUGUGCUAGCAAACUGAACCCUGAUCUCUUUGUAACAGGUUCAUAUGAUCAUACUGUGAAGAUGUUUGAUGCACGAACCAACAAAAGUGUUACCUCUGUUGAGCACGGGCAGCCUGUGGAGAGUGUCCUGCUUUUUCCCUCUGGAGGUCUUCUGGUAUCAGCAGGAGGUCGUUACAUUAAAGUCUGGGACAUGCUUAAAGGAGGACAGUUGCUAGUGUCUUUGAAAAAUCAUCAUAAAACUGUGACAUGUUUAUGUCUGAGCAGCUGUGGACAGAGAUUACUCUCUGGCUCACUGGAUAGGAAGGUGAAAGUAUAUAGUACAACAUCCUAUAAAGUAGUCCACAGUUUUGAUUAUGCAGCUUCAAUUUUGAGUCUUGCACUUGCACAUGAAGAUGAGACAAUAGUUGUAGGAAUGACCAAUGGAAUACUGAGUGUUAAACAUCGGAAAUCUGAGGCAAAGAAGGAUUCUCUUCACAGGAGAAGAAGGCCUGCAUAUCGAACUUACAUUAAAGGAAAAAAUUACAUGAAACAACGGGAUGACAUUUUGAUCAACAGGCCAUCAAAGAAACACCUAGAAUUGUAUGAUAGAGACCUGAAAAAUUUCCGGAUCUCUAAGGCCCUGGACAGAGUCCUUGAGCCCAGUUGUACAAUAAAGACACCUGAGAUUACAGUUUCUAUCAUAAAAGAGCUAAGUCGAAGAGGAGUCCUUGCAAAUGCCCUUGCAGGUCGGGAUGAAAAGGAAAUCAGUCGUGUUCUUAAUUUUUUGAUAAGGAAUCUGUCUCAGCCAAGAUUUGCUCCUGUUUUGAUCAGUGCUGCUGAAAUAAUUAUUGAUAUAUACCUGCCUGUGGUUGGUCAGUCACCUGUAGUUGAUAAAAAGUUUUUGUUACUUCAAGGGCUUGUAGAAAAGGAGAUUGAUUACCAAAGAGAACUACUAGAAACCUUGGGGAUGAUGGAUAUGCUUUUUGCUACCAUGACGAGGAAAGAAAGCACUUCUGCAUUGCAGCAUACAUCUGAUGGGUUUCUGGAGAGCAAGAAGCUAGAAUCAUAAUGUUGCUUAGUAAGACACAUGAGAACUCCUAAGUUGGAAUAGAUUUGAUUCUAUUAGUGAUUGAAAAGAGAUUCUCUGAUACAUUGACAAAACUUUUUACGCAAGUAAUUUUAAGAAAGAGACUGGAAUAACUAUGAUUGGAAAUAUGUACCUGUUUUAAGACACGGUUUUUUUCACAUAAUAUUUUGAAUAACCUCAUGGCAUCUUUCGCCAGAUCACAGUUUUCUCGGUCAUAGUUUACCUUGGAACAGUUGAUACUAAUUUUAAUACAGUAUAGUACUGUAUCAGCAUUUGUGCAGAAAUUAGAACUCUCAACUCGGAAUCCUGCCAGAGGAAAAGGGCUUCAUUUUUUACUUCUGUCCUGGAAAAUGAUGACGACAAAACAACAAAUAAAUUCUUUCUUCGCUCUGAUCAGUGCCCUUGGGAUUUCCAGGCCCCAGCUGAGCUCACCUCCCACUCAUGACAUCAUCACUUAUCCUAAGUCACUUGUCCUGCUUCAACUGGUAAUAGGAUUAUGUCUCUUGCAAGUGUGGCAUUUCACAGGCCAACUCUGAAUAAUUGACGCUAGUUAGACGUAUAUUCAGAGAGUGUCAUGAGGCAGAUUUGAGACCUAAAAAUUCUGCUCUCCAUGUCAGGUUUCUUUUUAUUUCUUUCAUCUUGACUAUCCUUAUCAGAACAAGGUGUAGAGAUAGACCAUAUUAUUUUUUUUUCUUCUCAAUAUGCAACUUUUCUACCAGGUUUUCAACUUGCUUCAAGUCAGGGGAAUGAUAAAACUUCGCAUUUCUCUUACAAUAAAUAGCCUGUCAGCCUUUUAUGCAUAUGUUUGAAGCUAUUUUAUAGCUACCCACCUCUCUGAAAGCCAUGUCCCCUAAUCUAUAGAUCUUUUCCCUCUAAUCUCCACAAUUUUCUUUUGGAACCCCAGGCCAGAGUAGCUUGCUUCGGAAAGUAGUUGUUUUUCUUUAAAGUGCAAUGUAAAUGAUGUUUUUUUAUAAAGAGAUUCUUACUUUCUUCUUGGCUUUUUGAGAUGUAUCAAUUCCUGAUGGAUAGUCACUGGUUAGUGACUCUAAGUGCACUGACCUUACUACCUCUCCCACCUUCCCCCAAUUCCUAUUCCACCUCAAGAUGUUAGUUAUCUGACAUGCCUUGGGCUAGAAGAACCCUUACUUAAACGAACAUUUCUUAAUGUGAAUUCAGCUAUUUCUAUGUUCUGGUAAGGGCAUAUGCUCAAAAAUAGGGCCUAGUUUUCCUUUCAUUAAUUGAUUGAAGCAAUCAUAACAAUAGUAGCUUAUACAAAACCAGGAGUUUACGUCUCUGAAUAAUUACGAGAGAUGAAUCCAGGUCAGAAACUGUCUUCCUGGUGAGGAGGCUUAAUUUAUUUAAAGAACUUUGUAUUUAAAAGCUUUUAAAAAUCUAACUUCAUAAGUAUGCUGGUAAUUUGUAUACUAGUAAAAAUUACAUUGAAAUUCUACUUAAAGCUAAUUGUCAUUAAGUAUAUAAUAUGUAACAAUGAUUUUCCCAUACAUUAUUUUGUUUGAUUCUCAUCACAAUCACGCAAGGAUGGUAUUCUCAUUUAACUUUGAAUUAACUACUGUAGUUAAUUCACUUCUUGAAUCCUCAAAACUUGAGUCUCUCCUCACUCCAGCACUCUGAUCUCGCCUGCCUGCUGGGGCUGAAAUUACUCAUUUCCCUUAACACUUCACUGAGUGCUGCGGUCUUAGAUGAGAUAUGUAAUGAUUACAGAUUUUCAAAAAGGUUAUGAAACAAUUCCCAAAGCCAUCAAUACUUUUUAUGUUAAGUUCAGGAAUAGUUUUUAUAUGUAUUGGGACAGACUGUUGUAUUUGCCAUUUGAAGUAUUUAAACAAUUACAGUAUGUAACAUUGGCCUUCAGAUUCUAAUUUAAAAUGCCUAACAGAUUUUUAGACUCCAGAAUUUUAGUUGAAAGGUAUUUUAAAAUGUUAACUAAGCCUGAAAAAUACUGAAAUGUUUUAGAGAACUUGGAAAGUCACUAUUCAUUUAAUUUGUUGUAUUUAUAAGAGUUAAGUACUUGGGAAGGUUUUGUUUGUUGGGUCAAGCAUUUGAAGUGCUAUUUACAAGAAAAUCAAAUAUCUUAAAUGCUGUUAAGUUGUGUAAAGGAACCCAGGCUGAAUUUAUAAGUUGCUAAGGGAUUGUUAAUGGGGUUUCAGUUUAAAGAAAUUUAGUUUGUUCACCUUAAAUCAACUCUAUCAAAUGUUUAUAAAAGUCCUCUUGAAAGUGAUUGUUAAAAGGUAUUAUUAGUGUUCUGAAUGGAAUAUUUGUAAGUUAGGCUUAAAAGCUGAAGGAAAGUUGAAAUGCUUAACUUUAACAAGCAACUAUAAAUUGUCUUUCCUAUGAACAAAAUGCCCUUCCAGACACUGAUUGCUAAAUAGGCUGCUUACCUAUUCCCCCUGGCCACAGUUAACUGGACCUAAUAUUCUGCUUGAGAGAGAGUAUGGGGUCAAGAUGGUUUGCUGAAACAACUUCAGUGCUAACAGUUAGUUGAUAUGUAUAACUUGCAUAUUUUUGAAAUGUUCAAUUUGAUAGGUUUUGGCAGGGGUGAGGGUAAUGCACCUGGUUCAAGCCCUGUCUAGGCAGGGGGUUGUAGUUGAGAUUUAUAAUCCAGUUCUUCAUCUGGGAAAGUGCAGAAGCCCGGGGAUGUUGUGCUUGGGUCAGCAGCAGAGACAGCUAGUCUGCAGAGAGAAAGGAGAAUGAAACUGAAGUUCAGAGAAAAUAAGACAAGUCCAUUCUUCCUCAGCAGGUCAGACUGGAGAAGAGAGAAACCAUUUUAAUUUUCAAUGGUUUCUGUUUCCCUUCUGGCUGUACCUACUCUCGUUAGGGGUCCAUAGAAGUCUUUGGAGUCCCUGUAAUAAACUCUCUUUACUUAGGUGA